AUGGCGCAAAUUUAUUCGUUGUGUUCCCGCGCAAAAGUUUGCCCUACAAUCCCUUCUCUCCGCCAAGGCGAGGAGGCAAGCGAUCGAGGCGCUGAUCGUGCAGCCGAUGAGGGGAUUUCGCCGGGUUUCAGCGUCGAUGCGGCAGUGAUCGCCACCGCGGGCUACAAUGCGGAAGAGCUCAAGAAGCUGUGCAACGACUCGGCAGGUUUGCGCGCUAUAGAUAGGAACAAUUUGGAAGCGCAUGGGGGAAGCCUCCGCCAAGGGGUCCAUGGGGCCGAUCUGGAAGAUUUCAUGGAGGCGCGCUUCAAAGGGUGCCUUCUGAGAAGAAAUACCGAGAAUCGGCUGGGAUUCGAUCUACGGGCCUACAAAUCUUCGCAAUGAGAUUGUAUCCUUUUUCUACACAGGAAACUUUCCAGGUGGCUUAUAUCUAUGUCUCGACUCUUAAGGUUAAUUGUUUAUUGCUUCCAUCUUUCAGUGGACGAACAAAAUUUCGUGACUUGGCAAUAGGCACGCAAAUUUGUCAUAGAGCCGUCACGCAUUGGAACACCUUCGAUUGUUAUCGACGCUUGCAACUCUGGCUAAACGCUUCCCCAAUUUCUCGCGCGCCGUCUCGAAGUGACGCUGGCAGAUUUCAGCAGUGCUCAACCUGAAAGAAACACACAGGAGUUUUCCCAUCAACUUCCAAGAAGCAAAACCGGGGAACUCACGAGCUCGGAGAGAUGACUCCCGCUCAAGCCUUCGAGCUGAGCUGAUUUUGCGAGCUUGGCCAGAUCAACUCCAGCUGCCAAAAGCCUCUUAAGCGUGAGAAGGCUUUCCUUCGUCCAGGACGGCUUGGCCACCAUGUCCGAAUACCUCUUCCCGAUGAAGAGGCUCGCGUGUCCACAGUGAAAGCUCCACUGCCUCAAUCCUUGAAAAGCACAUAGAGCAAAAAAGGUUAGAUACAAACUCUAAUUGGUAUAGAGUAGAGAAGUCCUGUUCGACAAUCACAUCAUUCAACUCUUGCAAACCGUCCAUCUCCACCAAAAAUCGGUUCACAACACGAUCAGUCCCUCGUUUUGAACACAAAGAAUCCUCCUGGAUAAACGUUUGCUUGAGCGUCGGAACAAACGAAACUGGAGGCUUACC